AUGUCGGGCCGGAAACCUGCCUUUGGCCGUGCGGCUACCACCGGCCCAGCCCCUGCAGGGCAAGCGGUUUUGAGCAGAUUCUUCCAGUCUACGGGAAGCCUGAAGUCCUCCUCGUCCCCCACGGGUGCAGCCGACAAGGCCGACCCUGACUCUGACUCCGCAGCGCCCCUAGCGUCCACGUUCCCGCCUCACUUGCCGCCACACGUGGUUGCAGAAGUUGGCAGCAGUAAAAAGAGACCACUGGAGAGUGAUGGGCCUGUUCAAAAGAAAGCAAAGAAAGUCCAAGAAAAGGAAGGAGGAAGUGAUUCAAUAAAGUUUGGGAAUGCUGAGCCAAAGAAAUGUCUGAGGACCAAGAAUGUUUUAAAGUCUCUGGAAAAAUUGAAAGAAUUCUGCUGCGAUUCUGCCCCUCCUCAAGAUAGAGUCCAGACAGAACCUCUUCAGGAGAGAUUGGCAGUUCUGCCAAAAUGUACUGAUUUUGACGAUAUCAAUCAUCUACGUGCAAAGAAGGCAGUUUCUUGUGAAGACUCCAAAUCUCGUAUUAGUCAAAAGGGUACGACACUUUCUGAUCUCAGUCCUUUUGGAUCAUCACACACGGGUAAUGACAAUUCACAGAAAACUUCUGAUCCUAAGCCAUCUAACAAACGGACAAAAAGCAUUUACACACCUUUAGAAUUACAAUACAUAGAACUGAAACAACAGCAGAAAGAUGCAAUUUUGUGUGUGGAAUGUGGAUAUAAAUACAGAUUCUUUGGGGAAGAUGCAGAGAUUGCAGCCCGGGAGCUCAAUAUUUAUUGUCAUUUAGAUCACAACUUUAUGACAGCAAGCAUACCUACUCACAGACUGUUUGUUCACGUACGCCGCCUCGUGGCAAAGGGAUAUAAGGUGGGAGUUGUGAAGCAGACGGAAACUGCAGCAUUAAAGGCGGUUGGGGACAACAGAAGUUCACUGUUUUCCCGGAAACUGACUGCUCUUUAUACAAAAUCUACACUCAUUGGAGAAGAUGUGAACCCUUUAGUCAAGCUGGAUGAUGCUGUAAAUGUCGAUGAGAUAAUCACUGAUACUUCUACUAGCUUUCUUCUGUGUAUCUGUGAAAAUAAGGAAAACGUUAAGGACAGAAAAAAGGGGAACACUUUUAUUGGAAUUGUGGGAGUGCAGCCUGCCACAGGUGAGGUGGUGUUUGACAGUUUCCAGGACUCUGCUUCCCGUUCGGAGCUGGAGACGCGGAUACUGUGCCUGCAGCCGGUGGAGCUGCUGCUUCCCUCACACUUGUCAGAGCAGACGGAGUCGCUCGUGCACAGAGCUACAGCUGCCAGUGUGCGGGAUGAUAGAAUUCGAGUAGAAAGGAUGGAUAACGUGUAUUUUGAAUACAGCCAUGCUUUCCAGGCGGUUACAGAGUUUUAUGCAAAAGAUGCACUUGACCUCCAAGCUUCUCAAACUUUUGCUGGCAUCAUUAAUUUGGAGAAACCUGUGAUUUGCUCUUUGGCUGCCAUAAUAAGAUACCUCAAAGAAUUUAACUUAGAAAAGGUGCUUUCCAAGCCCAAGAAUUUUAAACAGUUGUCGGGUGAAAUGGAAUUUAUGACAAUUAAUGGAACAACAUUAAGGAACCUUGAAAUCCUACAGAAUCAGACUGACAUGAAAACCAAAGGAAGUUUACUUUGGGUCUUAGACCAUACUAAAACUUCAUUUGGGAGACGGAAGUUAAAGAAAUGGGUGACCCAGCCACUCCUUAAACUAAGGGAGAUAAAUGCUCGACUAGAUGCUGUAUCUGAAGUGCUCCAUUCAGAAUCCAGUGUGUUUGGUCAGAUAGAAAAUCAUCUGCGUAAACUGCCUGAUAUAGAGAGAGGACUCUGUAGCAUUUAUCACAAAAAAUGUUCUACGCAAGAGUUCUUCUUGAUUGUCAAAACCCUGUAUCAUCUGCAGUCAGAAUUUCAAGCAUUAAUACCUGCUGUUAAUUCCCACGUUCGGUCAGACUUGCUGCAGACAUCUAUUUUAGAAAUUCCUGAACUCCUUAGUCCAGUGGAGCGUUACUUAAGGAUCCUUAAUGAACAAGCUGCCAAGACUGGAAAUAAAACCGAAUUAUUCAAAGACCUUACUGAGUUCCCUUUAAUAAAAAAGAGGAAAGAUGAAAUUCAAGAAGUUACUGACAAGAUCCAAAUACAUUUGCAAGAAAUACGAAAAAUACUAAAAAAUUCUUCUAUACAAUAUGUGACAGUGUCAGGACAAGAGUUUAUGAUUGAAAUAAAGAAUUCUGCUGUAUCUUGUAUACCAGCUGAUUGGGCUAAGGUUGGAAGCACAAAAGCUGUGAGCCGUUUUCACUCUCCUUUUAUUGUAGAAAAUUACAGACAUCUGAAUCAGCUCCGGGAGCAGCUAGUCCUUGACUGCAGUGCCGAAUGGCUUGGUUUUCUAGAGAAUUUCAGCGAACAUUAUCACUCCUUGUGUAAAGCAGUACAUCACUUAGCAACUGUUGACUGCAUUUUCUCCCUGGCCAAGGUCGCUAAGCAAGGAGAUUACUGCAGACCAACUCUGCAGGAGGGGAGGAAAAUCGUGAUUAAAAAUGGUCGGCACCCUGUGAUUGACAUGUUGCUGGGAGAACAGGAUCAGUAUGUUCCCAACAGUACGAAUUUAUCAGGGGAUUCAGAGAGAGUAAUGAUAAUCACUGGACCAAACAUGGGUGGAAAGAGCUCCUACAUAAAACAAGUUGCAUUGAUUACUAUCAUGGCUCAGAUUGGCUCCUACAUUCCUGCAGAGGAAGCAACAAUUGGAAUCGUGGAUGGCAUUUUCACGAGGAUGGGAGCGGCAGAUAAUAUAUAUAAAGGACAGAGUACCUUUAUGGAAGAGCUGACUGACACUGCAGAAAUAAUAAGACAAGCAACAUCCCAGUCCUUGGUUAUCUUGGAUGAAUUGGGAAGAGGGACGAGCACCCAUGAUGGAAUCGCCAUUGCUUAUGCUACACUCGAGCAUUUUAUUAGAGAUGUGAAAUCCUUAACCCUGUUUGUCACCCAUUAUCCACCAGUUUGUGAAUUAGAAAAAAGUUACUUGCAACAGGUGGGAAAUUAUCACAUGGGAUUCUUGAUCACUGAGGAUGAAAGCAAAGAGGAUUCAGGUGAAGAGCAAGUUCCUGAUUUUGUCACUUUUCUUUAUCAAAUAACCAGAGGAAUUGCAGCAAGGAGUUACGGACUAAAUGUGGCUAAACUAGCAGAUGUUCCUGGAGAAAUUUUAAAGAAAGCAGCUAGCAAGUCAAAAGAGUUAGAAGGAUUAGUAAAUAUGAAGAGGAAAAGGCUAAAGUAUUUUGCAGAGUUAUGGAUGAUAAAUGAUGCAAAAGACCUGCAAAAAUGGAGAAACGAGUUUGAAAUAGAAGAAAUUCAGACUUCUCUUCUUGAUGAAAAUGAAGACUACAUUUUUGGACAAAACAUGGAGAAUUAAAAAUACCAUCUGUACAAAACAACUCUCCACUAACAGCCUAUCUUUGUGUGAUGUGAGCAUAAAAUCAGAACUCUGGUAUAUUCCCAUGGGAAACAGGCCUUUUGUGUAGAAAUUCUGUUCCAGGUUCUUGUCAUCCUGACUUAGAAAAGUAUAAACAGUUUUGAAUAUUAAGACUUCUGUUACAUAAUUUAAAAACUUCAUAAAUAGUAAACUUCACAUAAAAUCGAUCACCUAAAUGAAGCCUAACAUGAACCUUUAGAGAGUGAUAGGAAAAUUUAAUUCAUAUUUUUAUUUGUUCCAGUUCAGAUUAAUUUGCAACUGGGUGAGAUGUCUAGCAGAAAUAAACCUUUUCGCUUGAACUAAAGUAACUUUAUGCCACCAGUUUAUUUACUGUGAGCAUAAGAAUUUUUUAUGAGAAAUAGGAAAAGAUUAUCAAGCUUUUAGAAAGUAGAGCACAGAAGGAAUAAGAUCGUAUGAAAUUUGAAAAGUUAAAUACUCUCACAGUUUUAACGCAACUUAAAAAUUAUGGGAUGAAAUUAUUUGUCAUUCAUUCAGGUAAUAAACAUUUAAUGAGUACUUGCUAUAAAUAAUGAUUUUUUUUCUUGUUGGAUUUUGGAUUUUUUCUUCUAUCUGGCAGUUGCUACUUUUUUAGGUUUAAUCGUGGAACCGAGGUUGCUGCUUCUACCAAAUGAGUCCUGAGCUCAUUUAUUUUGGAUCUUUCUGUUAAUCGGUAUAGAAGGCAUAUGAUGUCAUAUCGAAGUAUGUAGCUUUGUUCAUAGUUAACAGUGCUCCCUUCCUGCGUGUUUAGGUUGACACACGUUCAUCUGUGUCCUUGAGAUUUUAACAGCACUUACACCCCAGCUUCUCACAGCUGUGUGGUGAUGGUGGUGAAUCUGGGAUCUUGGGCAAAGGCUCUCCCUCCUAUUUCACACCCAGCUGUUAUCCCUGUUCAUUGAAUGUCUUCUCCACAUUUGAUUGACGUAUUUCAAACUCUUUCUUUAGUUUAUUUCCUCCAGUGGUCCUAAUAGUGACCCCUGGACACAGGAGUCCAUAUAAUUUCCCUAAGCUGAAGGGUGGUUGGUUGCUGUACUUUUGAUCACUCACACUGUAGCCCUUUGACUCCUAGCCUUUUUGAAGUUAAGAGUAUGAUACCACUUGACUGGUUGCACGGUCCCUUCAGAAGUAUUAACAUAGGGAAAUCCUCAAGAAUGUCUCAAAAGAGUUUGCUAUUGGAAGUACAAUCUAAAUUUUAAAAAGAACAAUACCCUUUAAAUAGUGCUUUAAUACUUUGUAUGAUUAUAAAUGUUUUAUAUUCUUUCUAACAAGAUUUUGGAGGUAGUGCUGUAACUUUAAUGCAGGCCAGCAGGAAAAGGAGAUGCAUCCAGGAAUGUCAAGCCCAUGCCUGAGGGAGCUGCAGGGACCAGCCGUCACAGGUCAUGUCCAAGUGCGCAUUCGGGCCAUUUCUGACUUGGGCAGGCCAGCGUCAACAUUUAAGCAGGUAUGGGCUCCAGGAGCAGUGUGUCCAGGCAGUAGCAGGCAAUACACAGUAUGUGCAAGUGACAAUGUGGGCUAUUACAAGAUAGAUUCUUUAACCUGAGGCAGGGUAUCAGCCAGCCAGUGUGCAAGAGGUCAGGCCUGGUUAGGAAAAGACCGGCAGUGCAGAACUGCAUUUCCAAGCAAGGCCCCUUCCUGGCCAGGUAGCUGAGAUGUUGAAGGGAACGUUGGAGCAGAGUCCCAGUUAGGAAGAGGGCACGAAGACCAUGAAGAUUGGCAGGAAAAGUGCAGUUGGUUGGGUACAUACUGCAGAUAACCAAACUGAGGGGUGCGAUUCUAAUAUCUUCUAGAUAACAAAUUUCAUUUCCUUUUGAUAGAUAGCCAGAAGUAGAAUGGCUGGAUCACAUGGUAGUUCUGUUUUAAAAUUUUUAUUAAAUUUAAUUUAUUUAUUUGAGAGAGAGACAGGGUGAGAGAGCAUGAGAGGGGAGGUCAGAGGGAGAAACAGACUCCCCAUGGAGCUGGGAGCCUGAUAUGGAACUUGAUCCCAGGACCCUGAGAUCAUGACCUGAGCUGAAGGCAGCCACUUAACCAACUGAGCCUCCCAGGCACCCCUGUUUUUAAUUUUUUGAGGAACUUCCAUACUGUUUUGCAUAAUGGCUGUACUAAUCUAUAUUCCUCUACCAGUAGUGCACAAGAGUUUGCGUUCUCUCUGUCCUCCCCAACACUCCUAUUGCUUGGCUUUUCAAUAACAACCAUUCUAGCAAGUGUGAAGUGCUAUCUUAUUGUGGUUUUGAUUUGCAUUUCCCUGAUGAUUACAGUCAGCUUUAGAACAUUAUCAUUACUCUAAAAAAGAAACGUGCACUCAUUAGCAGUCUCUCUUCAUUCCUCCCCCAAAUCCCUAGUCCUAGACAGAAUGGCUGUCUAGGACUAGGGAUUUCUGUCCAAACCCACAGAGUGUACAGCACCAAGAAUGAACCCGAAUGUAUACACGAGACGCUUUAAGUGAAAAUGAAAUGCCAACGUAGGGUCAUCAGUUAUAACAAAUACACGACUCUGGCGAGGGAUGCUGACCAUGGAGGAGGCAGUGCUUGGGGGCGGGGCAGAGACUAGAGAGGGUCUCUGUACCUUCUGCUCAACUUUGCUGUGAGCCUAAAACUGUUCUAAAAAAUAAAGUUUAGUUUACAAAUAAUAAAGUUCCCUGGGCCCUAAGCCAGAACUACAGAGUCAGACACAAUUUCAUAAAGGGGUGAAGAUCUAAGGAAUAUGAUUUUUAGCAAAUGGCUCUGGAGACAAGAUUACUAAUAUGCUGGGAGUGGUGAGAAAGGUCAAGGGGAGAGAAAAUGGAGAAGAGAUGAGGACAGAAAUGAACACUCACUGACAUUUGCAUGUCCCAACCUUAAAGAUUCCAGUUCAGUACAGUGAGAGUGGUGCCUGGAAAUACGUCUUUGAAAAACUCUUUAGGUGGUUCUGAUGAAGGGAAGCAACUGCCCAGCCCAGUGAGGAAGAUUCAGGGAAGUAGGGUUUAAUAAAAAGGAGGUAAAAAUGGUGUGCAUUAUUUCUGAUGUAGAAAUAAACUGUUCUGAAUGUCAAAAAAAAAAAAAAAAGAAAGAAAGAAAGAAAGAAAAAGAAAAAAGAGAAAAAGAGGAUAUAGUCAAAGGCAAUGAAGGGAGGAUUUGAGCAAAGGACAAAACAACCCAAGAAAGGAUUCUGCCUUCCAAGCUCAAUAAUUAUUUCUGCAAGAAGACAGCCUUGCUGUGUGUCUUAUGAAGUUGUGUUGAUGCACAUUCUUCACCACAAUUGCACUGAAACAAGGCAGAUGACAAGUAAUCUUCAGGAAUGUAGUUACAAAAGUAGAUUGGGGGAGGGUGCCUGGGUGGCUCGCUUGGUUAAAUUUCUGCCUCGGGCUCCACACAGAGAGUCUGCUUCCCCUCCCUCGCUCCCUCUGCCCCUCUGCCCGCUUACCCUCUCUCUCUUUCUAAAAUAGAUUAUGGAAUAAAGCUGUAACAAGCCAAUCAGCAGAGAGUCAUAUUUUCUAAAGGCCACAAUAGAAAACAUUUAUUGCAAACAGAAAAAACAACUGGCGGGUCUUUGAUAUAAAAAUCAGUUCAAUGUCUGACUAAGAAAAAAAUGAAUUUUUUAAGAUGAUAUUUAAAAUCUAUCAAGUGGGUAAAGUUUGCCUAUGAAGUAGAAUCUAUAACUGGGUAAUCAUAUAAUGUAUUAUCUAAAAUGGGACAUUUGUGAGUGAAAGAGACUUUUAAUAACUCUUCCAGGUGGGAUGGCUGGGUGGCUCAGAUAGUUAAGCAACUGCCUUUGGCUUAGGUCAUGAUCCCAGGGUCCUGGGAUUGAGUCCCGUGUCAGACUUCUUGCUCAGUGGGGAGUCCUACUUCUCUUCCUGCUUGUGCUCUCUCUCUGGCAAAUAAAUAAAUAAGAUCUUUAAAAAAAAAAAAAAAUCAAAACACACACAAAAAAACGAUGCCAGGAAAACUGGUAUAGACCAAGACUGUCCCAACUAAACCAGAAAGGAUAUUCCCCUAAUGGUAAUAGUUCUCAGGACAUAAUAAAUCUAACAAUAAUCAUAUAUACUAAUUUACAAUGGUCCAAAGAGGAAUUGACCUUAAUUAUAAAGUUAGAAAACACAGAUGGCAUUAAUUCAAGUUUCUUUCUCUCUCUCCCCUUAUCCUUGGUUGAGAGCACCAAAUAGCACUUUUAUAAUUACAUAGCCCAGCAGUAAUUAAUAUUGAUUUUGGAACCCAGUAAAGGUCAACAUUAAUUUGUGUACUACACUGGGUUUCAAUCUAUCCUUUACUCUGGAAUUUGUUCAGUGGGCAUUGUUUCACCAGCCUGUUACCACUCCAACCAUGACAACAGGUUCAAACUUGAAUGAACUGUCAUAAUAGAUUUUUUAAAGAUUUAUUUAUUUAUUUAUUUAUUUAUUAAUAUUUUAAGAUGUAUCAUAAUUUUGUAUGGAUUUUGACUCCCAAGAGUAAUGGUAUCUUGAUUAUAAGAAGGGUCUUUUCCUUGAGUUUUGAUCUGAAAGAGUUUGGGUUUUCUUUUCUUUUUCAACAAACAAGUAUUGGUGGGGGGGUAGUCUCUAGUGUGCCAUACUUUCUCCUAUGUGACAGAUAAAGCAGAGGAGAGAUGGAGCAAAUAAUUGUCAAUCCAAUGAGAAAUAGCUUAGCCAUUUGUUGUCAUUGAGAAUAGUGGCUCACCAACCUGACUGCACGUUAGAAUUAUUAGGGGAGCUUUAAAAAAAACAACCGUGUGUCUUGCCACAUAAAACAUUCACAGCAGAAUUACUCAUAAAAGCCAAAAAAUGGGAACAACCCAAAUGUGCAUCAGCUCAUGAACUGAUAAAUAAAAUGAAGUACAUAAAGCAGAGUAGUUUGCAAUAGUAAAAAAGAAUGAAGCACCAUUACCUGCCACCACAUGAAUGAACCUUGAAAACAAAAUGCUAAAUGAAAGAAGCCAGAUACAAGAGACCAUAUACUGUAAUGACUCCAUUCAUAUGAAACGUCUAAAAUAGGAAAAUCUAUAGCUACAGAAUGCAGAAUACUACCAUUGCAGUAUCAUCCAGAACAGUUUCAUUGUCCAGAAAGUCCUCUGUGGUCCUCCUGUUUAACCCUUCCUCUCCUCUAACCACAGCAACCACUGAUCCGUUUACUCUCUCUCUAGUUUUGCCUUUCCCAGAGCAUUACAUACUUGAGAUCGUACAGCCUUUACAGAUGGCCUUCUCUCACUUAGUAAUAUGUAUUUACGUUUCUUCCAUGUUUUUCCCAGCUUGACAGCUCAUUUCCUUUUAACACCAAAUAAUAUCCCGUUAUCUGGGUGGGUGUGCCACAGUUUAUUCAUUCACCUGCUGAAGGACAGACAUCGUCACUGUCUCCAAAUUUUGGCGAUUAGGAAUAAAGCUGCUCUAAAUAUCCACAUGCAGGUUUUUGUGUGGACAUAGUUUUCAGUUCAUUUGGGAAAACACCGAAGUGCAAUUGCUAGAUCAUAUGGUAAGAGUAUAUUUAGUCGAGACUGCCAAACUGUUUUCAAAAGUGGUUGUGCCAUUUUGCAUGUCUCCCAGCAUUCAGCAAGAGUUCCUUUUCCUCCUUAUCCUUGCCAGCAUUUGGUGUUGUCAGUGUUUUGGAUUUGGGCCAUUCUAAUAGACAUUUAGUAGAAUCUCUUUGUUGAGCUUGCAGUUUUCCUGCUGACAGGAUGCUGCACGCCUUUUCAAAUGCCGAUUUGCCACAUGUAUAUCUUUGGUGGGGUGUCUGUUCAGACCCUCUGCUCCUUUUUUAAUUGGGUUAUUUUCUUACUGCAUUUUAAGAGUUCUUUGCAUAUUUUGGAUAAUAGCCCUUUUAUCAGAUGUAUCUUUUGAAAAGAUUCUCUCCUAGUCUGUAGCUUGUCUUCUCAUUCUCUUGAUUGUAUCUUGCAGAGCAAAAGUUUUUCAUUUUAAUGAAGUCAAGUUUAUCAGCUAUUUCUCUCAUGGUUAAUGCCUUUGGUGUUACAUCUAAAAGGUCAUUGGCAUACCAAGAUCAUCUAGAUUUUUCUUAUCUUCUGGGAGAUUUAUUGUUUUGCAUUUUACAUUUAGGUUUAUGACCACCUAAGUCAUUUUUUGUGAAGGGUGUAAGGUCUAUAUCUAGAUUCCUUUUUUAAAAUAGGCUUUAUUUUUUAGAGCAGUUUUUGUUAACAGAAUCUCAGGCAAAAGCAAACAUUUAAAGUUGCAUUUUUGUGUUAUGAGAUUUGAAGGAGUGUCUAUAAAGAGCAUGCACGAUUCUUUAAACUGUUCAUAAGCUUUCUGCUAUAAUGCUAUUCUAACAAUAGUCUGUCAUUCAAAUACUGGCAGUAUUUCAUGAUAUUCUAAAUACUCAAACUUAUGUAUAGAAUAAUCAGGAAAGGAGCCAAUGAGAGUGUUCCCAAGCACCAUCUCUGUUUCAUGACCUUGAACGCUACAGAUUUCCAGCAAUCAGGGACUUUGCUAUCUGGACACAAGCUACAUUCUAAAAUGUUAUUUCACUCUAUGUACAAAAACAUGAUGGCCUUAGUCAGAAAUUAACCCAAGAAUUGACUCACACUUUAUAAGCAACAGGUAAACAGGUACCUAUGUCAGUUAAUGCUGGUCAGCAGUGGUGUAUUAAUGUUCCCCGAAUAAUCAUUCCUAUGUCAGCUAGAAACCUUGGAGUAAGGUAUGAAUUACUAAGUUUUUGAGUUAGUGUUCUUCUACAGUGACAAAACAAAAUACCUUAUUUAUGGGGAGGAACAAGUUAAAAAUACUAACUUUUCUAUGGAGAUAGGUACCAGUGACUGCAAGGCAUCUGGUUUAAAUAUAAAAGUAUAUAUAUUAAUGGCAGGAGAGUAUAGGCAACCAAUUUCAAGGCAUCUAAAUAUAUUCAGGUAAGUAAGUCAGAAGAAAUGAAAUAUUACAGAAGAAAUGAAAUAUUACAUAAAUGCCCAACUACAGUUAAGAUCCUUUGAAAUUAAAAUGAUCCCUUUAGAAUAGUGAUAUAUCAUAAACUUAACGAACUGUGCAUAAGUGAAUAAUUGCAAACUUAGUUAAUAGUGGUGGACUCUUCUUUUAAGUGGCAAGAACAGGAAGACACCUAAGGAAACCCUGAAAGUAAGGAAAACAACAGCUUAACCUGAGCUAAUGGAAAAUGAUAAUUUGGAAUAAUUUUCAGAACAUAGUUUAUACAGUUCUGUUUCUUUUAUUUGUCACUUUAUCAACAAUGGGCUUCCAUUUCUCCUUAUAUGGCGGUUGUUCCAUCAUUUCAGUGACUCAGCUUUUCUCUGUCUUUGUUUUUGCUUCUUCUGACUUACUUUCUGCUGUUUUCUCUCUUUUCUCUGGCCUCUAAUUUCCCAUCACUUAAACUUGCUGCCUUUUCUCCAAGGAUGUCCAUUUCUGUCUCUUCUCCCAGUGUAUUUGUCUUACUUUGUUCUUCAGCCAUCCUAAGAAGGCACACCUGAAUGACUCAGUUUGUCACGAUUAGCCCUGUUGGGUAGUCUUGGCUUGGGCCACCUCAUGGGCAGCUGACCAGCCUGAAAAGUACCAACCCUUUGAUCAAGCAGCUCUAUUAAGUCACUCUAUUCAGUUCUGUCCAGAGUGGCAAUUUCACUUUAUUCAGGAGGAGCUACAAGCUUGGCAGCAACUUCGGACACCAAUACAGGUGCUGUACAGAUUGAUCUGGUUUCGUGAAAGUGCUCAUGUUUGCAUAGCAUAUAAAUACACUGUGCCUCCUAGAAAUAAAGAACUUUACGGGUUCAUCCUAACUGGAGCAGUAUGCCCACAUACCCAUCUGAAUUAGUGAAAUACCUGAAUUACAGAAGGGUUUGCAUAAUCUGUAGAUUCAGUAACAUCUUAAAUUUGAAGGGAAAUUAAAAGUUAACAAUUUUUGAUUGGUAUAGAGAAAUAGGAGAAGGACUCUUUCAUUUACCUACUAUAAACUUGAUGAAAUCUUAGGGUUUCCAUGAAUUGUUAAAGUCUUUAAAUGAUGAAUGCAGAGUUAAUGUUAAAAUGUAUAUAAAAUAAUAUGGGAAAUUUCUGGGGGAAUGGAAUAAAACUAGAUACUACUGGAAAUAACUGUACUAAUAAGGACAGAUGCCUAUACUCUUAUUUAAGAUUAAAUCUUUUGAGUAGUUACAGAAAGAAACCCUGAUGGGACACAAAUAGCAGAGUCUUUUCUUCUUAGUGAAUAACAAUUCUCUCAAAUCCCACAACUGGGAAUGUGUUUUAAUGGUCCAGUAGUCUUUGGUUUUUACCUGAGUUCUAAAUUCCCUUGUUUAAAUGUAGGUGAGUGAGUUAAUCCAGAAGACUUGGAAUAUACGGUUUAUUCAUUGGCUCUGUUACACAGAUUGAGCAGGUUAGCACUGAAAUUUUGACUAAAUAUAUAGAUGAAAGAGAAUAUAUUCCUGUCCCAGGGAUGGCAGCACCUGCUGGUAUUCAUAUUCCCCCCAAAGUGGAGGAGAAAUGAGAAGAACUCAUCACCUCUGGACUGUCACACCUUAUGAAGCAAGAUUGCUCUGCACAUGGCUGUGUGAUGGUUAAAAUGUCCAUUGAAGGUGUCUGUCCCUUCUUUCUCUGUUUCCCUGUGUCCUCUUUUAGUGACUAAUUCAUAACCUCCUGAGUGAUGCUCUUUGCUCCUGCCUGCAGUCAUUACCCUUACCUGCCAGCUGCCAUUCCUCUACCUUUUCUCACUGUCUCAGAUCUGUGAUGAUUACUUUCCUAAAAUGCCUUUCCCUCUGGCUUCUCAGUGAGUGAACUUGCUGAGCAACUUACAGCUUUUGGGUAGAAAAGGGUUCUUGGAAUUCAGCCACUGAAUCUUGGUUUCCUUGGAGGGGUGUGGGUGUAUGACUGAGUAUUGUUUUUACCAAGAGGAAUACCCAUAUGGGAACCAGAAGGACCAUUUUUCAUGUCAUCUAGUAUUCGUUAUGGUAGCAGGAAAGAAAAAUUGUUCACUGAGUUCAAGAUUUCUACCUGAAAUGAUGAUAUGCAGAAAUAACACUAAGCAGCCUUUACUUUGGCUCUGGAGAUAAUCCUCUAAUUAUGACUUGCAUAUUAAAACAUGAAUGAUGGUGUGGCUGGGUGACUAUGUUAAGCUUCUGCCUUUGGGUCAGUUGUUGAGAUCGAGCCCUGCAUUGGGCUCCUUGCUCAGUGGGAGCCUGCUUCUCCCUCUCCCUGAUGCUCCUCCUGCUUGUUCUUUCUCUCCCUCCCAAAUAAUAAGUAAAAUAUUUAUAAACAUAUUAAACGAAUAAAAUAUGAAUGAAUGAUGAAUGUGCAUACAACUAAGCUUUCAUGGAUCAGUGUGAAGAACAGUGGACAGUUAACAGACCACUUCUGGUGCUGGCCCUGCCACUUAGUAUCAUUUAAAAAGUCAUAUGAAACACAAAAAUGUCAACAACUCGCAAGAAAAGCCAACCUCAAGAUGGCUCAAAUGUUAAACUUAACAGAUAAUGACUUUAAAGCAGCUAGUAUAUACACCAAAUUCCAAGAAGUAAGAGACAACACUCUUGAAUGAAUGUAAAGGUAGAAAUCGUCUGUGGAGAAAUAGAAGCUAAAGAAAGAACCAUGGGGGCAGUGGGGAAUGGGGAGUUGUUUAAUGGGUAUAGAGUUUCAAUUUUGCAAGAUAAAAAGAGUUCUGAAUAUUGGUUGCACAACAAUGUGAAUGUGUUUGACAUUACUGAAUUGUACGCUUAAACAUGGUUAAGAUGGUAAAUUUAAUGUGUGCUUUACCACAACUUAAAAAAAAAUAAAUAAAUUGUUAUGUACUUGUAGUUAAAAA